AUGUUGCUUUUGCUACCACAACUAACUUCUACUCCGUUACCGUUCCAUUCAACCCGCGUUAAAAUUCUCCCAAUCCACCGCCGCCGCCGCCGCCGCCACCACCACCACCAUGCCAUCUCUCAACCACCUCCAUCCGCCGACACGUCCUUCUCAUCCGCCAGAUCAAUAAUCAAACACGACGAUCCCAACGACAUUCUUUCCCUCCAAAACCGCCGUUACGACUUCUCUCCCCUCCUCCACUUCCUCUCCAACAAUUCCACCUCCAACGAUUCCAACUCCAACAACAACAACAACACAGACUCGCUCUCUCCCACCGAGUUCCAACUCGCCGAGUCAUACCGAGCCGUUCCCGCUCCACUCUGGCACGCGCUUCUCAAAUCCCUCUGUUCCUCUUCCUCCUCCAUCAACCUAGCAUACGCCGUCGUUUCGUGGCUCCAGAAACACAACCUCCGUGUCUCCUACGAGCCUCUCUACUCAAUCCUCAUCAACGCGCUUGGACGAAACGAAAAGCUCUACGAAGCUUUCUUACUCUCGCAACGACAGGUUCUAACUCCAUUAACCUAUAACGCAUUAAUCGGUGCUUGUGCUCGUAACGGUGACCUAGCAAAAGCGCUUAACUUAAUGUCUAGAAUGCGCCGUGACGGUUUUCAACCUGAUUCCGUUAAUUAUACCUCAAUUAUCAAAUCACUAACUCGUUUGAAUAGAAUCGAUUCCCCGAUUCUUCAAAAGCUUUACGCCGAACUUGAAUCGGAUAAAAUCGAAGCCAGCGAUCAUUUACUGAAUGAUAUAAUUCUCGGUUUCUCAAAAGCCGGUGACGCGACACGUGCAAUGCAUUUCCUUGCUGUUGCUCAGGGUAGAGGUUUGAGUCCUAAACCGAGGACUCUUUCUGCGGUUAUGUUAGCUUUGGGAAAUUCGGGUAGAAUGGUUGAAGCUGAGGCGUUGUUUGAGGAGAUUAAAGAAAAUGGUUUGGAGCCGAGAACUAGGGCUUAUAAUGCAUUGCUUAAAGGUUAUGUGAAAACUGGUUCUCUUAAAGAUGCAGAGUUUGUUGUUUCUGAAAUGGAGAAGAGUGGUGUUUUGCCUGAUGAACAUACUUAUAGUUCGUUGGUUGAUGCAUAUUCUCAUGCUGGAAGAUGGGAGAGUGCGAAGAUUAUUUUGAAAGAAAUGGAAGUGAGUAAUUUGCAUCGGACUUCGUUUAUUUUUACUCGAAUAUUGGCGAGUUAUAGGGAUAAAGGGGAGUGGCAGAAAUCGUUUCAGGUUUUGAAGGAGAUGAAGAGUUGUGGUGUGCAACCUGAUAGACAUUUUUAUAAUGUGAUGAUUGAUGCUUUUGGGAAGUAUAAUUGUCUUGAUCAUGCGAUGGCAACGUUUGAGCAAAUGAUGUCCGAGGGGAUUCGGCCAGAUACAGUUACGUGGAAUACGUUGAUUGAUUGUCAUUGUAAGUCUGGGCAGCAUUCUAGGGCGGAGGAAUUGUUUGAGGAAAUGCAGCAGAGCGGGUAUUCGCCUUGUGUUAUGACUUAUAAUAUUAUGAUCAAUUCUAUGGGUGCACGAAAAAGAUGGAAACGAGUGAAUGAUUUGUUGAGCAGAAUGCAAAGUCAAGGAUUGUUGCCCAAUGCCACUACCUAUACAACUCUAGUUGAUAUUUAUGGAAAAUCUGGAAGGUUUAAUGAUGCCAUUGAGUGCCUUGAGGUCUUGAAAUCUAUGGGAUUCAAGCCACCUUCGACCAUGUAUAAUGCCCUAAUCCAUGUCUAUGCACAAAGGGGUCUGUCUGAACAAGCAGUAAAUGCAUUUGGGAUGAUGUUAGCUGAGGGUCUUACUCCCAGUCUUCCAGUUCUCAAUUCCUUAAUCAACGCUUUUGGUCAAGAUAGAAGAGAUGCCGAAGCCUUCUCUGUACUGCAGUACAUGAAAGAAAAUCGUGUCGAACCUGAUGUAGUUACUUAUACUACGCUCAUGAAAGCUUUAAUUCGUGUUAAGAAGUUCCACAAGGUUUCAGCAGUGUAUGAAGAAAUGGUUAGGUCCGGAUGCACUCCAGAUAGACAAGCUAGAGCAAUGCUGCGUCGAUUUUGGUCACCUGGUAUACAUGGUUCUAAUUCUCUAAUUCUGAAGCUGUGGCUCAGUAUAGAUGGUGCCGCAGAAAUAUCUGCAGUGUUUACCAUCCUGGAAAUGUACGCUCCUUCUAUGAUGGAACAAGAAACGAAGCUACGGAAAUCACAUGGAACUCACCCCAAACUCAAAAAAAUGAAAAAACAUGCAGAGAUACUAUUGGCUUCUCCUAAUGUUGUACCAUCUAGUAUCAGUCUUGGGGAUAAAUAUAUUAUAUAUUUUUUUCACUGUAUUGUAAGUUUAAUGUAA